AUGGAUGCUUCCAGGAUCCUGCAGAUAGACGUCUGCCAUGCCUUGCCUCGAGAGCCUGAGCCAACUCAGGCACUGUUGCCCUAUCGUGUUCAGGAAGCUCACCCUCUGCCUAUAUACACUGUGCUGGGGGUUUUGCUGGAGUUCUUUCUCUAUCCUCUCUGUCCUGUGGAGCAGACUGAGGUUGAUAGAGUUCUGUUGGGUAGUGGUAUCAAGGGGUGUGGAUCAAAUGUGGAAAAAUUGAGGUGCCAUGAUCCAACUAAGCUGCAGAACAGGAUUCUUGAGCUGAAUGGCUUGCUGCCAGACCUGCCGAGUUUUUCCAGCACUAAGGGCAAGAUUGUUGGAAAGCAGCAAGAAGGGCAGGCACCAGAGAAAUCAUCGUCAGCUGCAUUGAUUGGAGGAACAGAAAUGAACCCAUGCUGUCAAUGUAUCAAAACAACUUCAACAUUCAUCCAUCCUAGGCACAUAGACAAUUUUGAAAUUAUACCAAGUGGUCCUCACUGUGGGAAUGUAGAAAUUAUUGCCACCCUUAAAAACAUGGGUCGUGUGUGUCUGUGGCAUGAAGAUUUUUGGGUGAAGAAAAUCAUUGACAAGAUGAUGAAAGAGAGGGGAAUAUCAGGAUCAUGGAGCCUGGUGAUUUAACGGUUUGCCUCAUGGCUCACAAAGACCAGAGAAGAAGAUGUGGAGAGCGGUGGAGCGCCUGGCAUGGCAAAGUGAGGAGCACCUCCCUCAAGAUAAAGGUACUGCAGCUGAAGAUCCAAAGUGAGCCGUCGCUCGUAGGCACCUCGCUAGGCCUAGGGUCUACAGGCGGCGCUUGUUGUUCCUCCAGAUGACUGUGAACCAGUGUUGCCAAAGACUGUGCAUGCUUGGGGAACUGUUGAGUCACAUAUGCCACCCGCUGCAGCAUUUUGCGCAAUGGGGACUUGGAGGGAUGCACUGUCAGUGGCCAUGAAGGUGACUGCUGCGCUCAAUUUUUACACCAGUGGCUCCUUUCAGGACUCCACAGGUGACCUGUGUGGGAUCUUGCCAACCUCCAUGCAUCAGGUAUAUCCAGGAGGUCACGGACACCAUCUUUGUGAAGGCACAGAACUUUGUACAUAUUGCCCGGGAUCAGGAAA